AUGGCGGCCGCGGAGAUACAAGUUGUAAAUCCAUCAAAUUUAGCAAAAAUAGAAAGUUUCCUCAAUGAUCCCAGUUAUAAGGAAAUUAUUGAGAACUCGUCUACAUUUAACUCGCGACUAUGUGCGGAAAGAAGAAUGCGAAUGCCCUUCAUCGACACACAGACCGGUGUUGCACAGAGUCAUUCCAAUUUAUUCAUGACCAGAAAACAGAGAAUGCCAGGUGCAAGAGAAGGUCAGGUGUACACAUAUCCUUCACAAAGAUGGCGCAAAGCCCGUCGUCAAUACUUAACAAUGUCAUCAACAAGAUGGGGUUGGAGUGCGGCUGAUGCAACAGACAACAUAGGUGAAGGAGAGAACAGUUCUGGAGUGCCAGACGGUCUUGUUGGUGAAGACAGCAGGGAUGGUUCUCAAAGUGCGGCUAAGGAUGAUCCUAAGGAAUGGUUCUACGAUGAGCUUGCAAUGGAAGAAAUGGAAACCGGUGAGGAACCAGAUCCUGAAUCAGAUGAGGAUUACUAUGAUGAUACAUAUGCUAAUCGACGUAAGAGACGGGGUGCAGCUCCAACUGGACCAGGAUCUAGAGGUGGAAGGACGAGGAAGUCGCAGCCUGAUGAUACACCUGUUAAGAGAGGAAGGGCAGGUCGUGGUCGCAAACGAGCCGGACAAGGUACGCUCUUACCUUACGAAGUGCCUGGUGAUAGUGAAAAGCCAUUUGGAUGUGAACUGUGCGGUGCAAAAUACAAAACCCGUCCCGGCCUCACGUACCACUUCACGCACACGCACAAGGAGCCGGGCGGCAGCGACAACGACUCGCGCGACUCCCGCGCCCCGCACUCGCCCUCAGCCCCGCCCGCGACCGAGUAUCAAGACAGUUACGUGACGUUUCUUAAUAAUCCCGCUACAGCAGCAGCAGGAACCCCUCAAGUACCGCGCAGGCCUUCGCCUCCUCCACGGCCCGCCUCCGCAGACACGUCAUCAUCGGACUCUGCGCACGCGCCUCUAGUACCCCCCGGGACUGUCGCCGGGACUGGAACCGCUAUCGCGACUGGUCCCGGGGUUGGUACUGAUACCGGGAUAGCCACCGCUCACGGGAUAGCCGGAACAGCAGUGCCGGCUUCAGUGUCCAGUGCGCCUGCUACUAGUAGUACUGAGUUGAAGGAGCCGGAUACAAAGGCCUCGCCGUCACCCUACUGCGACUUCUGCCUCGGCGACGACCGAGAGAACAAAAAGACCGGCACACCAGAAGAACUCGUCAGUUGUUCCGACUGCGGCAGAUCAGGUCAUCCAACCUGUCUACAGUUUACAGUGAACAUGAUAGUGUCGGUGCGCAAGUAUCGCUGGCAGUGCAUCGAGUGUAAAUGUUGCUCCGUCUGCGGGACCAGUGAUAAUGAUGACCAGCUCCUCUUCUGCGACGACUGCGACCGCGGCUACCACAUGUACUGCCUCGCGCCGCCGCUCGAGACGCCGCCCGAGGGCUCCUGGUCCUGCGCGCUCUGCAUCGAGGAGUUCCAC